AUGGCGUUUCUCAUACGCCAGCAAGCAUUGAGAGGCGCUCUGCCUAGGGAAUUGCUAGCAGCUUGUGCAAUAUCUCUCAAUUCCCGACACUUUAUCGUCCUCAAUCGUCCUCCACCGAAUUAUCCAGGCCAUGUACCGCUCACGAGGAUUGAGAAGGCGGGCCUGGCUCUGGGCAGUGCGGUCAUGAGUUUGAUGGAUCCCCAUCGUGGGGAUUUGAUAGCCGCUCUUGGUGAGGCCACAGCAACGCCCUACUUCAUUUACCGUCUCCGCGACGCCAUGCUCUCCGACCCCACUGGCCGUCGAAUAUUACGAGACCGACCACGCAUCUCGUCGAAAACACUCAGCAUGGAAUAUCUGCGGGCUCUGCCCGAGAAUACGGUGGGGAGGACAUAUGCAGACUGGUUGGACCGCGAAGGUGUCUCCCCUGACACGCGCUCAGAAGUCCAGUAUAUCGACAACGAAGAGUGUGCGUACGUUAUGCAAAGGUAUAGGGAGUGCCAUGAUUUUUACCAUGCCCUUACUGGCCUGCCGAUUGUAAGGGAAGGCGAGAUUGCACUGAAGGCCUUCGAGUUCGCGAAUACUCUGCUACCCAUGACGGCGCUAAGCACUUUUGCUAUCACAACACUGAAGAAGAAUGAAAGGGACAGGUUUUGGAAGAUUUACCUCCCAUGGGCGGUAAAGAAUGGGGCGCAGUCGAAGGAGGUCAUUAAUGUUUAUUGGGAGGAGCAGCUGGAGAGAGAUGUGGAUGGGCUGAGGGCUGAGCUUGGGGUAGAGAAGCCAGUUGAUUUGAGGACUAUCCGAAAGGCCGAGAGGGAGAGGUGGAGGGCCGAGAAGGAGGCAAAGAAGAGGGCGAGUGAUAGUUUGGGGAUCAACUGA